AUGAACGUGAGUAAUAUUUCAGAAGUAGUUGCUGGAAAUUCAACAGAGAGUCCGUAUGAGUAUCUGUAUGGGGAAUUAUGCAAAUAUUACCUGAUUUGGUAUGUUCCCAUCACUAUUGUGUUGGGGGUGAUGGGGACAUUAUUCAGCCUCUUCUUCUUAUUUUGCUCAAAACUUUUCCAAUCCAGUAUGCUUCUCUGGCUCUCAAGCAUUUGCAUUGGCGACUUCUUCAUAUUAGUUUUGGAGGGCGUGUGGAUAUUAUUAAAAGUCUGGUUCGGUUACGACGUUCGUGAUCAGAAUGACGUGAUCUGCAAGAUCCACAAGUUUUCUUCCAACUACGCCUUCUACUGGUCUGCUUAUAUGCAAUCCGCUCUGUCUAUCCAGAGAGCUUAUCUCAUAUUCAGACCUUUGCACGCCAGGAGUCGUGGUGGAAUCUCAAAACGUCACAUAAUCGCCUGGACUAUAAUUUCACUUGUCUUAAUCAUUCCAGUGUCUCCAUAUUUUUUUUAUUGGAAACUAAUUAACGGCGAUUGUGACCCCUUUGAAGACAUCUUCCAUGUAAUGACCCUUUGUGAUCUUAUAAUCUGGGGCAUUAUACCUUUACUCAUAAUGACUAUUUCCACUAUUAUGAUAUGUUUGAAUAUGGCCAAAUUAAGCAAAAAGUUUAAGCGUCGUCGGGUGAAAAAUUCCAGCUGGAAGCGUAAAUUUUCCGUACUAACAACCCCUGGAGCAAUCGAUAUUAUGCCGAGACUAAAUCUUACCAACCCCCCAAAAAGGUUCACCAGGUCAAAGUCGACAAUAACUACCCAGAGACUCUCAGUAGGAAUCCUUGAUCAAUUACAGCUGUCGGAGUGCAAUCCCAAUGAGCCACUGACUUCUCAGAGUCAUCCCUCACUUCCAAAAUUAAAACGACAACUCACGGAACAGAGCAGUGGUAGACAUAAUGCACCAGACAAUUUUGGACAUGUUACUCGUCUUCUUGUCUGUAUGAAUAUCACCUAUAUGGCCAGUACAUUCCCUCUCCUCACAUAUUUAAUGUUCAGAAAUUUUAGUAGUAGAAGAUUCAUAAUUGAUCAGCAUCUCCACCGAUUCUGCUAUUACCUCUUUCGAAGCUUCUGUUUCGUAAAUUCUUGCACAAAUUGGAUAUUCUACUGUCUUGUUGGAAAACUAUUUCGUGAUGAAGCUAAACACAUUAUUUUAAUGUGUUUGGGACUGGAAGGGAAGGAAUCCAAGAGAAAUUUGAGCAAUCAUUCAGGAAAGCUCCCGGUGCCCAACAUGCCAAUUUUGAGAACACCUCUUGUGAGUCAGCAAAAUUCUCCGGUGAAAAGAAUGCGUUCAGUUAGUGCAGUGGAUCUACGGCGAGCGGUUUCGAAGAUUCCACUUCGAUAA